UCUGUUCCUUUGUCAGGACUAUGGGGUUUUCCUCUUCAUCACAAUUCUAAUUGACUUAAACAUGACAUGAGUGUGAAUGCCAUUCCUGUUACAAAUAUUAUAUGCCCCCCCCAAUGAUGUCACAAUGGAACAAUUUACAGCUCAGAAAGUUCAGCAUGGCACUAGUUAUAAAAAAAAGGGUAAGAUAUAGAGUGCCUGAAAUAGAAAAUGUUGUUUUAUCCUGACCUUUGUUUCACAUCAACAUUAUUUAUGUAUUAUUGAAUGAUAUUUGCUCUUUUCCAUCACUGCAGUAAUGCCGCAAAGUAAUGUUCCCAUUGGAAAGGUUUGUCCUGCCUGCUAUACAAUAUAUCAUACUAGCUGUGAAUAUAAUUAUGCAAUGCAGUGCACGGGGGAAGAAAACAGCUGUCUUAUAUUACAAGCCUAUCAAGAGGAUCUGUCAAGUGGCUGUUCCACAAGGAAUUUUUGUGGAGGGUUUGACGCACUGCGUUUGAAAUACCUGACAUAUGAUAUCCAUGAUAUAGAUUGCAUUGUAAAUGAAGACAAGACAAGUUUGCCAGUGGUAAACAGAUUCCUCUUUUGUUACGAAUGUCAGAACCCAAAAUAUGAACAUUGCUACCCAAAUCUUUGUAAGCCUGAAUAUGACACCUGUCUCUCAGAAUUGACUGUUUCUAUCACAGGUAUUAAAAGAAAAAAGGAGCUAACAUACAGAUGUGGUUACUCCAGUGAGUGCAAAAGGACAGGUAUCAUGCGCAGCAAUGGUAAAAUAUUAUUUCUCAGUACAUCCUGCUGUGAUGAAGAUAGUUGCAUUCCCCCACAGCGUACCAUACCUUCCUCUAUAAGUAGAGAGCCAAAUGGAUUGACCUGUCCUUCUUGCUACAUUGGAAACUCUGCUCGUUGCUUAGGAAGAGAUGUAAUCCAGUGUGUUGGAAAUGAAAGCCACUGUAUCAGUUAUGCAAAAACAACAUUACAAGAGUACUCUGCAUCCGUCGAGACAAUGUUUGGCUGCUCCAGUAAAGAGAUCUGUGAAGCUGGUUCUUCCAGAGUAUAUUCAGAAAUGUUUGAUCAAACCAUAAUGAUAAAUGUUAUAUGUAGCAGUGCAACCAUAGUCUGCAUCCAAGCACACAGUUUAUUGAUAUUAUCCUUUAUGUUAUAUAGUUUCAUAAAACUCUCCUCACUUCUGUGAAAUUUUAUGAAAACAUAGAAACGUAUAUAGUUUGCAUUUAUCCUUAAAACCUUUUAUUUUCUUCUAUCAAAGAUAAAAUUCUCUCCAGUACCAAAACCAGCAACCAAUUGGAUCUUUGUUUUUAAUUACUCUGCACAUAACAGAUAAAAGUUCAUUUGUAUUGGUAUUUAGGAAAGUUCAUUUGUAAUUAGAUGCAGUGAAAUCAAGAUCCAACAUAACCUGCAAGUCUACUUUUAGGGGUCUUUGUUUUAAUUAUUCUGCACUUAUCAGAUAAAAGUUAAUUUGUAAUUAGAUGAAAUGGGAUAAAAGAUUAAGGCAAAACUGAAUCAAGAUCCAACAAAACCCAUAAGUGUACUUUUAGGGAGUUAUUUAUGAAAACCCAAUUUUUUUGGUUGGGUUUUUUAAAGGGAAAACAAAUUUUUCAUGGAAAAAAACUUAAAUAAUAUUCAAGAUUUAUUAUGCUCCAAGGCUGCUAACAGUUAGGAUCCGAAAAUACUCAUCAUGUAGAAGUCAAUGGCAGAUGUCCAUUUGACAACUGGAAAAUAUCAUGAUCUGUGCUGGGUUUUG